GUUGACUAAUGUUUUGAAAAAAAUUGGUAUAGUAGAAAAUACAUCGGAACAUUUGUUAGAAUCGUCUGGUUGGUUUAAACAACUUUAUUCCAUAUCAGACCGUCUUUACAAACCAUCGUUUCAAUAUACUGAAGAAAUACAACACUACAAUUAAUACAAUGAUCGUGACGAUAUUUAUAGUCAUAAUAAUAACAUUACUCCUUUUGUUCACGAUUUUCCGUGAUAAAAAUUGUCUUCCAGGACCAUGGAAUUUGCCCAUUGUAGGUUACAUACAUAAACUGGACCCAGCAGCACCACACGUAACUUUAACAAAACUCGUUCAAAAAUAUGGACCUCUCUAUAGGGUCAAACUUGGGUCGAUUAACGUGACCGUCAUAGCUGAUGCUAAAUUACUAAAAAAAGUCUUAUCAAAAGAUGAAACACUUAGGAGACCGCCCCUCUACGUUAUGAACAACGUGUUUAAUAACAAAGGGUUCUUUAUGUUGCCUAUUGAGCAAUGGAAUGUUCAACGUAAGUUUCUAACAAAUUUUUUAAGAAUAAUAGGCGCCAGUAGAGCUUCCCCAAAUAAGAAAACGUGUGAGACGUUAAUAAGAAAACAUGUUGAAGAAUUUGUACAAGUUAUUAAAUGUCAAAAUCGUUGUGUAUCAAUGGAUCCUUCAGAAUCUCUAUCCCGUUGUGUUGGUAAUAUCGCUGGUAUGAUACUUCUGGGCAAAACAUUUUCGGUGGAUGACAAGACGGUUAUUGAUUUAGCACAGAACUUUGAUACGGUAUUGGAAGCUAUAGCGUUUGGAGGUCCAUUAAACUUCUUGCCAUUUUUACGUUUCUUACCAAAGUUCAAAAAAUCACUAGCUUCACUAAAAAAGGCUGUUCAUAUAAUUCAUGAUCUUCAAAAGAAACUUAUAAAUGAAUGCCAAGAGUCCAUGUCCAGGGUCAAAACUGAUGUUCCAUCUAACCUUAUUCACGCAUUUCUCCUCCAGAUGUCUAGAGGCAGCCCUGAUUACAUUUACAACCAUGAUCAACUUCACUAUCUUUUAUUUGACAUUUAUAUUGCUUUCACGGAGACCACGAAAACUUCGUUUGGUUGGAUUUUACUAUAUCUGGCCCAGUACGAAGAAGUGCAAAAUAAAAUACGACAAGAACUUCUAGAACUAGUGCAAGAUAAAACUAUCGAAAUGGAUGACUUUGUGAAUUUACACUAUACUAAAGCAGUUAUUGCUGAAGUGGCUAGAAUUAGAACUGUAGCACCUUUGGGAGUACCACAAUGGGUAUCUGAAAAUGUUUGCGUGGAAGGUUUUACAUUUCCCAAAGAUACAAUGAUAAUGCCUUUAUUAUGGGGAAUCCACAUGGAUCCAACAGUGUACAAAGAACCGGGAGAAUUUCGCCCUGAAAGAUUUCUAGACGAUGAUGGAAAAUUCUUCAAACCGGAAUCGUUCCUUCCUUUUCAGACCGGUAAAAGAAUAUGUAUUGGAGAAGAAUUAGUAAAAAUGAUGGCGUCCAUAUUUGUUGUCAUUGUGGUGAAGAAUUUUAAACUUGCACCGCCUAUUUUCGCUUCGAUAGAUUUCACUGGCGUUUCUAAAGCUUCUCUCUCUCCAAAACCACAGGAAAUAAUGUUUAAGAAGAUAUAAAUGUCUAUGUAAUUAAUACUGUUACUGUUAGUAAUACUGUACUUACUU